GGUAUAGCUAUAUCUGUUUUUGCCACCCUGGUCAUCAUUCGUCGAUUCGCCGACCGACACGCUCUCGAUGGUGACACAAUCCCGGCGCACACCCGAUGGAUGGGAUCCAAGGGUGAUAUUUCUGAUUUAUGGAGAAACGCCGAAACCGAAACUUCGCGGAAAACAACGAUAGGGAGUAUAAAGGCAACCAGUGUAGUGAUCCUAUUUGACGCUUCAACCCAACAUUGGUUUGCUCUCCUCACAUCCGCCAAUCAUUUUCUUGCCGUUCGGACAAAAUGCCUUUCACAUUGUCUUUCUACCAUUUCCUCGAGCUGGGUGCGGUUGGUGCUGUCCUCGCUUUGUACUUUUUGUAUCGCUCCCAACGCCUGCUGCCGCCAGGACCGAAUCCCAUUCCAUUGAUUGGUCGUACGAGGUUCCCAAUCGAGCAUUUGGAGGCCUUCAAGAGCUGGGCUGAGAAGUACCCAGAUAUCAUGACUCUCCGUAUCCGGGGCCAAAACGUGAUCAUCGUGAACUCCCUCUGCGCCGCGAACGACAUUUUGGAGAAGCGUGCGACAUCCACCAGUAUUCGGCCUCAGCGUCCUAUGUGUCACGACCUUGUCGGCUACAAGAACUCUACCAGCCAGACCAACGAUAUGGUUCAACAUAAAAUUUACCACUUUUGGGCUGUUGAAGAGCGCGAGCUUCGCAAAGCUACCCUAUACAUGCUCAAUGUUCCUGGGGAUUCGACCAAGGCUCUCCGGAGGGCCAUGUCCGCGAUUGUUUUCUAUGUCGCUUACGGCUACAAUAUUGAGACCGACGGGGACGCGUUCGUCAACAGGAUUACGGACUACAUGAAGGUGUAUCAGCGCCUCCUGCGCCCAGCUGAUUUCCUCGUAGACAUUCUUCCUCCACUCAAGCACCUUCCUGAGGGUUUCCCAGGAGCGGGUUUCAAGCGAACAGCGUCAAAGUGGAGGAAAAGCAAGGAAGAUAUUCACAAUGUCCCUUUCGAACAGGUUAAGUGCGACAUGGCAUCUGGAAAUGCCAUGCCAUCAUUUACUCAGCACCUUCUUGAAGAGAUGCCUGAGCAGAAGGGUACAAAUAAGUACACCGAGGAGUGCAUUAAACUAGCUGCCAGCAGCAUUUACACCGGUGGGAAUGAUAAUAACACGUCAUCUGUCCAGAGCAUGAUGGCUGCCAUACUUCUGUUCCCCCAGGUGCAGGAUAAAGCGCAAGCGGAGUUGGACCGAGUUAUUGGGCGCGAUCGUCUGCCUUCAGUCAAAGACUUGGACGAUCUCCCCUACUGUGGCGCCAUCGUUCAAGAGAUCCUCCGUUGGCAGCCGCCAACUCCCUUUGCUCUUCCACACGCUUUAGAUCGCGAUGAAGAAUUCCAGGGGUAUAUUCUUCCGAAGGGCGCUACAAUUAUGGCAAACGUCUGGGCAAUGACUCGGAAUCCCACUUCCUACCCGUCUCCCGAAGAAUUUAUUCCAGAAAGGCACUUAUCGACCGACGAGAAUGGAAAUUUCAAAUUGGAACCCACCCGUAAUGCCUCGCCUUCGGGUUUGGCCGUCGUACGUGUCCUGGCUCUGACUUGGCUGAAGCCGUUAUUUUCGCCGGAGUGAUUACCCUCCUAUGGGCUUGCACCAUGUCUAGGCCUGUUGGCACAGAGAACCACGUCAUCGAGUACGAAACAUACGGUGUUCACUGGCCUAAGGAUUUCCCUAUUUCGUUCAAGGAGCGAUUCCCAGGUGCUAUGGUCGUUUUACGCAAUGCCAUUGAUGCCGAUUUGAAAUGA